CCAUCCCCACCUUGCCCUUUCCCUUUCCCCCUUUCUUCUCACCCCGCCCGCCCAUGGCUAUGGCCUUCUUCUUCCUCCUCCUCCUCCAUGGCCAUGCCCCCCCCGCUCUCCCCGCCUCCUCCUCCUCCUCGCUUCUCCCUCGUCCCCGCCCCGUCUCUCUCUUGUUAGUUAGUUAGUGCCUGCCUCGCCCUUUCCUCACACUCCGAGUCCAUCUGCUGUUUCCCUACCUCCCGAUUUCCUGCCCAGGCAUGCCUCGGCCGGGCGGAAGUGCUCUCGCUGAUGCUUUGGCGUUCGGUACUCUCGCGCGGUGAGUUGUGGUCGCAAGCCCCGCAGAUUAGAGAGUAAGAGGGUGCGGUUGUGCUGGCUCUGGGGUUGGCUCCAGCGCUGUGGGGGUUGAUAGGGGCGUUGGCUAUUGGAAUCGACUUUCGCGGGUUGUGUGGAAGUGGGACGCAGUGCCGGACCAUCUGCUAAGAUCUACUCGGGGGUGCAUCUAAGCCAUUGGGGCUGUGUGUACGAAGGGGUGGAAAGAUAUAUUGCGGGUGUGCGGAGGGGCACACUUGAAGUAUGACAUUGCUUGGGACAGGCGUAGUGAAUAAAGGCACGGCAGAGAGAGAGGAUUGGUGCGGAGUGGUCGGGUGUGAGUGAUUUGGAAGCCAAGGGGUAGGUAGCUGAGAUGGAGAUGAGUGGAGCAUGUGAGGAGGGAGGAUUGGGAAAGCAGGUGGUGAUUGUAUCAUCUUCGCGAGGCAUGUGAUGUGUGGUCGGUGGAGUUAGCUUCUACGGGCAACUGGAAAUAGUGACCGAGUCGCUUCAGUUGAUUCAUUGACAUGUGGACUAUUCAAUGUCACGUCGUCAUUUUGAUCCACCAGGGAAUUCUGCCAGAAUUAUACGUACUAAAGUAGAAAUUUACGUUUCGGGGACUUCGAGUCUUCUAUGGCAUCUGCGACUGCGGGUAUUAUCAACAGCACAAACAUGAUCGGAGGAGGAAUAGCUCCAACUAAAGCUGGCUCAAGCGGAGUAGAAUUGUUACCGAAAGAAAUGCACGACAUGAAGCUCAGGGAUGACAAGGUUGACCACAGCGACGACAAGGAAAUUGAGGCUUCAAUAGUAGAUGGAAACGGUACCGAAACUGGCCACAUCAUAGCUACUACUAUUGGAGGGCGAAAUGGACAACCUAAGCAGACGAUCAGCUAUUCGGCAGAACGUGUUGUUGGCACUGGAUCAUUCGGGAUUGUCUUCCAGGCAAAAUGCAUCGAAACUGGGGAGACGGUGGCUAUAAAGAAAGUGUUGCAGGACAAAAGAUACAAGAAUCGAGAGCUGCAGAUCAUGCGACUGUUGGACCACCCGAAUAUUGUAGCUUUGAAGCAUUGCUUCUUCUCGACGACGGAUAAAGACGAAUUGUACUUAAACCUGGUGCUGGAGUAUGUACCCGAGACGGUGUAUCGUAUUGCAAAGCACUACAAUCGCAUGAAUCAGCGAAUGCCCCUUGUUUACGUGAAACUGUACACGUAUCAGAUAUGCCGAUCACUGGCAUAUAUCCACAAUGGCAUCGGUGUCUGCCACCGCGACAUCAAGCCCCAGAACCUGCUGGUGAAUCCUCAUACGCACCAGCUGAAACUGUGUGAUUUUGGAAGUGCGAAAGUGCUGGUGAAAGGGGAGCCCAAUAUCUCGUACAUUUGUUCGCGGUACUACCGUGCUCCGGAGCUUAUUUUUGGAGCGACGGAGUACACGACUGCCAUAGAUAUAUGGUCGAUGGGUUGCGUGAUGGCAGAGCUUCUACUAGGACAGCCUUUGUUUCCUGGAGAGAGUGGAGUGGAUCAAUUGGUGGAAAUCAUCAAGGUUUUGGGGACACCGACUCGUGAGGAGAUCAAGUGCAUGAAUCCGAACUACACAGAGUUCAAGUUUCCACAAAUCAAGGCGCACCCGUGGCACAAAGUUUUCCACAAACGCAUGCCACCUGAAGCAGUUGACUUGGUGUCAAGGCUCCUUCAGUACUCUCCAAAUCUGCGGUGCAACGCUCUGGAAGCGUGUGUGCACCCGUUCUUUGAUGAGCUAAGGGAUCCUAACUGCCGGCUUCCGAAUGGGCGGCCACUGCCCUCUCUGUUCAACUUCAAAACCCAAGAGUUGAAGGGUGCAACUCCUGAUAUUCUGCAGCGUUUGAUACCCGAGCACGCGAGGAAGCAGAAUCCGAUGCUGGCGCUGUGAGGGGUGCCUGGAAAGAGAUCGGAAGAGUCUACUGCGUGAAAGGUUUUCCUCUGUUUGGAGGAGUGGUCCGCUUUGUGGAGGGCUUCAUAGGCACUCUGUAUCAUUGCUUAAACACGUAAAGUCAACCAAUUUGCUAUGGAUCCCUGCUUUCGCUGUGAUUGGAGGAAGACUUAGUAGACGAUUAGCAUGCCACUUUUAGGAACGGCAAUUCUCCUGUAGUGAAGGUUACGAUUCUAUUGUACUUCAGAACGGUAAAGGUAUUUAGGGGUUCUCAGUGCUUCCUGAUUUGGGUACGUGAUGUACCAUUGGAAAGGCUUCAAACGCAUGUAUAUCUAUGAGACUUUGACGUUACUUUUUAUCGUCAGUACUCAGGAAGCUCCUCUCUGGAUGGGAUUAUCCAUUCGUGCCGUUCGAAUCGCAAUAUUCCCAAUUGACUUAGAAUUUAGUGUUUGUAUAUGUUCUUUUCUAGAGUACGUGCUUUGUUAGUUCCAGUCUUCACAUAAGGUCCUCGCUCUUAUUUGUU